AUGGCCAACGCGGCACCAUCCACCACCCUCGCGCCUUUCCCCGGCACACACAUACAAUUCGCUCAUAGCCUUCCGCUCCCACUCCCCAGCCUAACCGCACCCGCAAACCCUCUCCUCCCCCAAGCCCGUAUCGAAUAUACGAGGACAAACUUCUGCAAUGGUCACGCUUCAUCAACAAGUGGCGUAUGGCACGUCGUCCUGGGAAGCAGGAACAGUGCCUUUAACGGCUUCAUCGGCUACCAUAAUCAGGUUCAUCCGGAUGGCAAGAAUGGUGGGCAUGCGUGGCGCUGGAUCUUCCUAAUCGAGGGUGUCAUGCCCGUAGCAUGGGGCUUCGUUGUCGCGGCUCUGCAGCCUAGCACGCCUGAGACCGUUCACGCCUCGGCUGGCACGCCGAGCGCCCCUAGCUCCUGUCAUCCAUCGUUUAUGUUUGCGCUUUCGUCGACAUUCUCGUCUGCGCGCAUUUCGCAGACCGCACCGGCCGGUGCGGUGUCUUUUUCAUCAUAAACACCGCAUUCAGCCUCGUCGGCUUCGCCAUGCUGCUCGUGUUCGUCUAGCUCGCCAUAAAUUUCCCCGGAUAUAGCUACCGCACGGCCC